AUGUCUCCUGGUCUGAUUGGUCACUUUUUCAAAUCUAACGAAGCCUUCAGCUACGAAGCGCUUCGUGCUGCCGGCUACAGCAAUCACGGCGGCGCUGAUCUCGGUGAAGUGAUAGCUAUUUGUUCUAAAAUCCGCCCAGGGAAUGAGAAAGACUGGGAGCGCGAGUGGCAGAAAGCCGCAGAACGUGCUGUAUCUCAUGCGGAGCAAUCAGAAGCUGCGCAAAAUGUACAAAGUGCCUACCAUGGAUAUCUUCGUGCAUCGAAUUACUUCCGUACCGCUGAGUUUUUCCGCCGAGAGAAUGUCGAGCAAGACAGUAUCUCGCAUUUUUUAUAUGAGAAAUCGGAAGAUACUUUCGCAGCAGCGAUGACGCUUUCGCCUUUUCACUAUGAAGCGAUCACCAUUCCUUACGAAGAAACCUCUUUGCCAGGCUAUCUAGUGAGUCCUGAUAGCACACAAAAACCACGACGGACAAUCAUUUUCAAUGGUGGCUACGAUUCUACUAUGAGUGAGGGAUGGUUUGCUAUCGGGGCAGCAGCCCUGGAAAGGGGCUAUAACUUUCUCUCCUUUGACGGACCGGGACAAGGUGCGGCUAUUCGACGACAACAGCUGCGUUUCCGGCCCGACUGGGAAAACGUUCUCACGCCUGUUGUCGACUAUGCUCUUUCCCGUGAGGAAAUUGAUGCCAAUGCCAUAGUUAUCUUUGGGUGGAGUAUGGGUGGAUACCUCGUGGCCCGAGGAGCAACGCAGGAACAUCGGGCGCAAGCCAUCAUCCUCGACGAUGGUGUGUACGAUUUUGGCUCGGCAUUCCGAGCCCAUCAACCGUCCUUUGUUCAAGCUUUGGUUGAGAAGAGAUUUGAUUCAGUUUACAAUUGGAUUUUUCACUGCGUGCAAUCAUUUUCGACUGGGAUCCGGUGGGCACUGUACAAUGGCAAAUGGACUUUUGGCGUAAACUCGCCAGCAGACCUCGUCCGCACAGUUUCCAAAUAUACUUUGGAGGGCAUUAGUCAAAAUAUUGUGACACCGUGCCUAAUAAUUGAUGCCGAAAAUGAUCAUUUCCUGAAAGGCCAGCCCGAAAUUCUUCGAAGAAAUCUUCGCUGUGAACAUCAGCUUGUCAGUCUGAGAGCAGAUGAAGGUGGUGAUACUCAUUGUCACCAGGGUGCCUUCUUUCGGUUGCAUCAGGUUGUUUUCGACUUCUUAGAGACGCACCUUGCUGCGCAAGAAAAAUUGUGA